CGAUGACGCAGCAGAGCAAGACGCCACUGCCUACCAUGCAUCACCAAGAUGAGGACGUCGAGCGCGGUGAUAUCUGGUCGACUGGAAACUCGCACCUGCAUAUACCCUGGCAAAGACCCUAUGCAACAGGUACACCAUCACCUGGAAGCCCGGAGCGACACAGGAGCCUAGACGACUCUGCAAAUAGCAGCGGAGAUGACCACAGUGGCAACAAACUUCUCCUGACGCUGAAAGAACGUGUUCGACAUUUCGUCUGGACCUGGUUCACAAUGACGAUGGCCACUGGACAACUAGCGAAUGUCAUCUUGACUGUACCUUACGAGUUCCAUGGUCAAUACGCAAUUGGCAGUUGCUUUUUCAUCUUCAACCUUGUCCUCUUCACCUUCAAUGUUACUAUGAUCUCUCUUCGCUUCUACUGGUACCCGUCAACCUUCAAGGCGUCACUGACGCAUCCUACUGAAUCUCUNUUUGUACCCGCCUCGGUCGUCUCACUCGGCACAGUCUUAACGAAUAUCACUGAAUAUGCUGUUGGAAAUGGAAAGUCUGGGUUUUGGCUGGAGCGGACCAUGAUCAUCCUGUUCUGGGUUUACUGUGGAUUGGCAAUGGCCUUUACCUGUGGCAUUUAUCUUAUCAUGUGGUCGACUCAGACAUAUACUAUUUCUAGGAUGACACCAGUAUGGAUCUUCCCGGCAUACCCGUUACUCAUCAUUGGACCACAUGCUGGAAAGUUGUCCUCACGAGUGGCGCCAGAGUCAGCACUACCAAUCAUUGUUGGAGGUUUCUGUCUCCAAGGCAUUGGCUUUAUGAUGUCUCUAAUGGUCUACGCCGCUUUCUUGUAUCGACUCAUGACGCAAAAGCUACCGAAAGAGUCGCUUCGUCCUGGCAUGUUCAUCUCUGUCGGUCCCUCUGGCUUCACCAUUGCAGGCGUUAUUACCAUGGGUCAAAAUCUUCCAGGAUGUAUACCAGAGAACUUUAUGGGCGUGGGGCAGAUGGCAGGCACCAUCUCACUGGUCAUGGCGAACUGGAUGGGUAUAUGGCUGUGGGGUCUCGCCAUCUUCUUCUUCAUCGUGUCCUGUGGUGCGCAUUGGUCCUGCGUCAGACAUGGACGACUCCAAUUUGCUCUGACCUGGUACUCGUUCAUUUUCCCGAAUACAGUAGCACGCGCUCUAGACCAUUGCCGCCCCAUCCGCAUCCUCGGCUGCGUAUUCACCUGUCUCCUUGUCGCCGGUUGGUUCUUCGUGUUCGGCAUGAUGAUCCGCGCUGUUAUCCUCAAAGAUAUCCUAUGGCCACAAAAACAAGAAGAUCGUGAUGAAGGUGGUUGGAAGACUGAAGACCCAGACUUGACAUUGACGAAGAGUCAAGCAACAGAUCCCUAUCCCGANGGGAGUUCGAAACGGCAAGCUGGAUUU